AUGCGCUUCGGUAAAACUCUGAAGAAUUCAAUUUAUCCCCCAUGGAGUGGGAAGUAUAUUGAUUAUCACAAGCUCAAGGUCCUUCUGAGAGAGCAUGAUGUCACCGGGGAUGGCAGCGACUCAGACACUCAAUGGACGGAGCAGGAUGAGGAAGCCUUUGUCCAAGAACUUAUCAACGCUCAAGUAGACAAGGUCAACGCUUUUCAAGUCGAGACUUCUCAGCAGUUGAGAGAGCGUACUUCUGUCUGUGAAACCAAGCUGCGGCCACUGGCACCAGCUGACGAAAACGAGACACCUACCGUAGCGAAUGGGGAUGAAAGAAAGGCCAUCGCUUCCGAGGUACUCCAUGAAUUAGAUGGCAUUACUAAGGAAGUGAGUGAGCUUGAGAAAUACAGUCGCAUUAACUUCACUGGUUUCCUCAAAGCUGCAAAGAAGCAUGAUCGGAAACGAGGGGCACGGUAUCGUGUCAAGCCUCUACUCCAAGUCCGGUUAUCACAGUUGCCAUUUAACUCGGAAGAUUAUUCACCCCUAGUUCGCAGAUUGUCAGUGAUGUAUUCCUUUGUUCGCGAAAUAUUGAGUCAGGGUGUUGUUGAGUCCAAGGAUACUGAGAUGCCUCGAUUCGGUCAAGACUCCUAUUCAUCAUUCAAAUUCUGGGUGCAUUCUGAUAACAUCUUGGAAGUCAAAACUUACAUUCUUCGACGAUUGCCAGUCCUUAUCUAUAAUCCUGGCACUUCCAAGGAAUUAGAAACUCUUCCGGACGAUCCUACGAUUACCUCGCUAUACUUUGACACUCCGCAGUUCGACCUCUAUACUCAAAAGGUCGCCCGGGCACCAGAGGCCAGCUCUUUGAGGAUUCGAUGGACCGGAAAUCUAAAAGACAAACCUGCUAUUUUCUUGGAGAAGAAGGUCGUUACAGAUGACGACCGCAGUAAAGAGGUGAAGGUGCAACUGAAACAGAAGCAUGUGAAAGAGUUUCUGGACGGCGAAUAUCGAUUCGACAAAAAGCUUCACCGGAUGACAGAUAUGGGCAAUGGGGAAUCGCAACAGGCAGAGUCCCUUAAGAGAGAUGUAGACGAAUUGCAAUCAUUCAUCAAGGAGCACCAGGUGCAACCCAUGCUCCGAGCAAACUAUACUCGCACGGCUUUCCAAAUUCCUGGUGAUGAUCGAAUCCGCAUCUCUCUCGAUACUAACUUGGCAUUGAUCCGGGAAGACUCUUUGGACGAAGAGCGUCCCUGUCGUGACCAGAAUGAAUGGCACCGCACAGAUAUCGAUGAUACCGGCAUGGAAUACCCCUUCAGCACCAUCCGAACCGGUGAAAUUGCGCGUUUCCCAUAUGGGUUGCUGGAAAUAAAGCUGAGGGGAGAGUCAGCACAUAAGGCGGAAUGGGUUAAUGACCUGAUGGUUUCUCACCUUGUGAAGGAGGCCCCACGAUUUUCUAAAUUUGUCCACGGUGUUGCGCAGCUUUUUGAAGACCACGUCAACAGCUUUCCUUUCUGGCUUGGUGAAAUGGAAAAUGACAUCCGCCGGGACCCAGAGACUGCGUUCCAGCAAGAGCAAGAAAGGAUUGCCAAACGGGCCGAAGAUGACAUGGCAGUUGGAAGUUUCCUUGGCAACAGGGCGAGUCCGUCUGUAAAGCCCUUAGUAGGAUCACCCGUCUCUAGGUUACCGGACGUUGAAAGCUCGUCACGACAGCGGCAAUCAUCACAUGCAGCACCAUCCUCUAGGCCGUCUGCCUCAGAGGGUGUAUCUCACGAAGCAUCGGAACUGCCCGAGCAGGAAGAACGGCCGGUCACUGUGUCCCGCCUGGCUGCGCUGUUCCCAACUUUUUCCAUUUCACGUGCCAAUCGUGCGCACCAGGCUUCGGUUGCUUUACCGCCAGGUGUACGGGAGCCAGGCACAUGGAUCAAGGAUUCUGGGCCAGUCAAGGUAGAAAGCAAAGUGUGGCUUGCCAACCAGAGGACCUUCAUUAAAUGGCUUCACGUCAGUAUUCUUCUUUCUUCGCUAUCCCUAGGUCUCUACAACGCUGCGGGUAAAAGCAAUGACAUAGCACGUGUCCUUGCUAUCGUCUAUACGUGUUUUGCGAUCUUUUCCGCCGCUUGGGGGUGGUACAUGUAUGAGAAGCGGUCUCGACUUAUCCGACAACGAAGCGGGCGGGAUUUGGACAAUACUUUUGGACCUAUUGUUGUGUGCAUCGGAUUGGCUGUAGCCCUUAUAUUGAACUUUACCUUUAAGUAUUUCAAUACCUUGGAGAAGCUUAGACAGGAUCAGUCUUCCCAUCCCGAUAUGCCUGCCCUGGUCAACCAAGGUGGCUAUGCACUUUGA